AUGCAAUGGGCAUACUCUGACCAAAGGACUCCUCCUUUGGUGAUAUGUAUCACGGAAUGUGAUUUGGCCAAUGAGGAGACCAUGCGAAGAGGAUACUCCAUUGAGAACAACUACAACGCUGAAACCAUUUUAGGUAAGAAGCUUUUGAACGCACCAACUGUCCACAGGAUCAAGUUUAACCCUGUGAACGCAACUCUGAUCAAGAAGACAUUGAAUAGCAUUGUAAAGAGUGAGUCUGCUCAACUACAAGCCAUUCCUUCGAAUGCGAUAAAGGACGAGAUCCUGAAACUGUCAACGUUUGGUGACAUAAGAUCAGCAAUAUCAGCUUUGGAAUUUUGGUGUAAAUUGUACCAUGAGGAUACAGCCAAUACGUUGAACCUCGGUAAAGAGCAGCCAUUCUCAAUAUUCCAUGCUGUAGGCAAGUGUGUCUAUGGAAGUAAGAGCGAUGAGGACGAUAACGUCACAACUAACCAAGUUGUAAAGGACUUCAUUACUAGGCCUUCAAUAAUGAAACUGGCACUAUUGGAGAACUACACCAGUUUGAACAAGUCACAAUUCCCCUUGAGCGUUGCAUUGGAGGUUGCAGAUGGCUUGAGCUUAGCAGAUACGAUAGUUCCUGAAGGUGAAAGCCUCGAAAUCUCCACCAGAGCUGUUCGAACAAACCUAGCAAAGGCUACAGCCACUGGCUCUUCACAUAACAAUAUGGGACUUGUUUUCCCCAGAGAAUGGAAAGUGCAAAGGAGAAUUCAGAGGGUCAAGAAUGAUGUCUCACAGUAUAUGGAGCUGGAGCUGAGGAAGAAUGGCAACGUGUUGCGAAGUUUCCAAGAUUCGAAUCAGUUGUUUGGUGAUUUGGAGCCUCUGAUCAACAGGCAAUUGGCAUUUAAGAACAAGAGCAAAGCUGUGUAUAUGAAGGCAAAGGGGAUAGAGCCGAUUCCUGAGGAGUUGUUUCUCCCAAAGAUGCCAUACAUCACUGAACGAUUGGGAGGCACUUUCAUCAAUCAGCAAGUAGUUGGAGAUGAGACCCCUACAGCAGAUGAUGAUGUUGAUUAUGCCAGCUCGAGCAAUAACCUGGAGUAUUUCAAGUACAGAGAUAUGGAACUGGAUAGCACUUCUGCAGACCUCGACGGUGGUGAUAAUGGAGACGAAGAAGAGGAUCCAAUAGUCACAGAUAGUGAUAUUGAAGAUACAGAUCAGAUUAUACCUGACGUUGACGAUACAUUCGAAAGAGAACUGGUGCAAAUCUCCCAAAGGCCAACGCUACAGAAGACUUUGACCAACCUGGAGCUUCUAGAGGACUUAGAUGAUGGUUCCCACGAUUUUGACGACUCUGAUUUCUGA